ACUUCUUUCGACCUUGAACUGUCGACCUUCAUAUAUGCCUAAUACUUCCCAUGUACCAGUUGCGGACACCAGGAUUUUUACCAUCUGCAUUGUUGGCCUUCCGAAAUCUGGAAAGUCAUGCGUUUGCAGUAGGUUUGUUUUUCGUCAUCCGGAUCUGUAUAACAAAGAGCAGCAUCAUGUUAUCAGCACUUCUGGUUUGGGAAGUAGUGAAGAUGCAUAUGGAGACCAUUGGCUGUACUGGGGAUGUGUGUGCAGGCGGAUCGAUGAAAAUAUUGUAAAAUUUCGGAUUAUUGAACAUACAAAAGUUUUGGAUAACUUACCUUACUUCUCAUCCAUGUAUCUCAGGAGUGACGAUGGUCAUGACCAGCUGCUUGAGUAUGUUCACAGAUCUACCGAUGUUCGCUUGCUAUCUAAGAACCAGCUGACUUACAUUCGCAAAAAAGGAAUACAUGAAAAAGAUUUGAUCAUCGAUGAAUAUUCUCUUUCUGAUGAAAUCACUAUUGAUGGUUUUAUCUUAGUAUGUGAUGUAAACACGUAUUUGAGUUCUGAAUGUACAGAUGCUGGCUACUUACAACACGGCAACUGUUUACAGGAGUUUCUUACUUAUCUGUCAAGAAUCCGGCGGCCCUCUGUCACUGUACUGUCCAAGCUGGAUAGUUGUGAUACUUCGAAACAUGUAGGGUUAGAGUUCCUCCGCAAGUCAAAUGAAUUCAAGAAAAUUCCUGUUAUUGAAACUUCGGCACACAAAAACAUAAAUAUAGAGGAAGCAUUUCUGUCACUCUACAAGUUGAUGGAAUGCAAGAAUCGCAUCAACAAUUUUAAGUGUAUGUCAUAUGUGGAAGCCAUUUCUAAAAGAAAUCAAGAGGUUCGGUCUGCUACUCAAUCAUUUAUUCGGCUGAUGUUCGUAUCUGUUCCUGAGUUUUUAACUGACUGGGAGUCAUUUAUGGCGAGAUACAGCCACCAUACUGAUGUUGUGAACUACAUUGGUCUCGUUGGUUCUUCAGGUGCGAGGCAUAAAUUUGAAACUGUAGUUCAAGAACGUCUGAAAACAACGAAGCUCCACUCAUUGAAUAAGAUACCUGGUCUUCUUAUGCAUCUGCUUCCAGAUCUAGAUGCUGUUAACGGUCUUUCAUUUGAACAGAUUGUAUCACAUAUUCGUCAUCAUGAGGACUUUUCGUUAUACUUUCAAGAUGAUGUUUACUACGACUCUGGAAAUAGUAUCAGCUUGAAUUACUAUCAUCCUUUACGGGAUGACACUCGUGUGCCCUUUCAUUUAGCUAUUGAACCAACGUUUGGAUCCGAAAACUGCCCAUUGAAAGAGCACGUUGAUCGUUUGACAACCACUAGACGUCAUCAUACGGAAAAGGCUUUGUUGGAGACUUCUCUUCAUCGUGGAUUUCGAAAAUGUCCCGUCAACACUUAUGAUGAAAACAGUUUGGUAAAGAAUAUGGGAAUCAUAUUACCAGGUCAACCUUUAUCAGAUGUGAAGUCAAAUAUUGGUUCACUUGACUUGCCUGAGCUCACAAAAGAGGAAAUAUCCAUGAUUUAUCAACAGUUUCAACUUGGUUUACAUAUUCUGGCUCGCGAGGACUUUUUAGAUUUAUUGGUCGAAAAGACGGGACUUUUUGUCAAAGCGGUGAUUAACUAUACGAAUCACCUUCGAGAUAAUUCCUCCUAUAUUUCAAAUAUGUCAAACAUAAUGAAUGAACAUUGUAAUGAACUGUAUUCAGAGGUUACCUCCGACUUAUUGCCAUCGAAAACCUUUCAAAGUUUAAUUGGUGUUCAUAUAUCACCACGACAGAAUAUAUCUUCUAACCAAAAUAAACAUUGCAGUGCCCCUCCUAGGGGUGUAAAAGAGACUCAGAUUACUUGGUUAGAUGGACAGUUAUCACUAGACUCUCGUUAUCAAGCCAUGACUUAUCUACCUUCGGAACGUCAAACUUUGAUUACAACUUAUUUCGAUAUGCUUAUUCCAUCCAUAGAUUCACAUCGGUUUUUCUCGAAAAGUACAAUUAACGAUUUUUCAACUACAGAUAUCAGAGGAGUUCCAAUUCCCAGGAAUUCAGUAAUAUCCAGUGGGAUGGAUUCAUUAACAACAGAUAACUUUUCAUAUGUUGAUCCAACAGUUGAGUACUUUCCUGAAAAUCCUACACAGCAACACUUCCAAUCUGAAUUAUCAUCCCCGUGUUCCUCAUGUCCAUCUGUUUCAUGGGGUGGAUGUAUGGAUUUGUUUUUUAAACGUCUCGCCUAUGAAUAUCUUUCUGUUGACCCUACAUGCAAAAUUGUAGGCAACUGUAUCUCCAUGGAUGAAAUGAUCUCAUCUCUGAAGUCAAACUUAUCUCAAAAAUGUAGUAUUUCAUAUCUUCCUUCCCUGAUCGAUGAUCAACCUCCAUUAAUUUUAUCUAUUGCUGUGGUAUGUAUUUGCACAGAUACAGUAGCAGCGCAUUCUAUUAUCAAUCUUCUUUCAUGUAUAGGAUUUUGCAUACUUCCUUUCAAAUCAAAAAAUUGUGAACAUUCGUUUAAUCGUUGCUUUGAUCACAAUCAUUAUCAAUCCACAGAUCUUUUAGUGCUAAAUGCUACAUGGCCUUUACCAACAGCAAGAUUACUUUUCUCUGAUUCAUCUAGUCCAUUCAUUUCUACUAAUCUUAGAAAUCUACCUAUCUCGGAAUCAUCUAAAAACAAGAAUUUAAACAAAAUUUAUGAUGGUCAAGUACGCAUCGACUUGAUGUCGCAUCAUUCACUCUUGAACAAGUUGUUGUCAUAUCGAGAAGUUACAAGUCGAUGUGAACAGCUGAACGACGUAUCACUUACUGGAAGCAACAACGAACCUACAAGUGUUCAUUCAAAUCUACUGUAUUCUGGAUUAAUCCUUAUUACUAGCAUCCCAUCGUCUGCUGAUGAAGAACAAUACAAUUCAUUAGCUGAAAAGAAUGGAGUUGUAAUUCGAUCGCAUAAUUCAUUAGAUAACGUCAGUGAUAAAUUUAAAAAUGAAGAAAAUUUUGUCAAUAUGUCAGAGGAUAAUCUACAUGUAUGCACUUUAACACCUCAUUUACCACCCAUCUGUCAAACAUCUUGUGAAACUGAAAGUGACUCCAAAAUGCAUGUGGAAUGUAUUCCACCUUCGAAUUUUUCUUGUUCUUCAAACCAACUAUCUUGCACAUGCUGCAAACUAUUUUACAAUAAGACUGCUGAUAACCCUGAAUGUGCUUGUGGUCAAUGCUGCAAUUGUGUACAUUCAUUGAAAAAUUCUAGUUAUAACUCAUUCCAUACAAAAUCUAAUCCUUGGGGAGAUAAAAGAUCGUUCUCAAACUUAAUUUGUCCCCAUCGUCGGCGUUCUUGGGAAGCAAGAGUUGCGGCUAUCAGUUCAAUUGUUGAACAGCUUCCAAGCAGCAUUCCUCGUUUAGUCUUAUUGACAGAGUCAUGUGACAGUAAAUCAGAUAAAAAACAAAAUCUUGAUUCACCUCCACAUAUUUAUCUAGCUCCCGAAUCAUUAAGUUUCUCUACGUUUUCAGAACAAUUACAUCCUGGCAUUUCACGUAAUUCGGAUAAAAAUUCAUCUGUCCCAUUGAACCAUGAAUCUUCUUCAGUUGAUUGGAUGCCUGCGGGAACAAAUAUCCUAGAUCAUGUUAUAAACUUUCUCAGUCAUUGUUGGAGUAAAGUGGGUCAAAAUAUGUCUUCCAAGAAUGUGGAAAAACAAAAAGAUUACGGUCAAUACACACCCAAGCAAAAUUCUGUAACAGUGAAUAGAUGCAAUUCACCUAAUUUAAUAGUGACACCUAAUUUGGCACCUCAGUCUUCUCCAGAAACCUCAUCAGAGAAACCAUUUAGUGGAGGAUUUUUAAAUACCCUAUCAAUUGCAUCUGUUACUAAGCGCAAAGGUAUACUUUCAGCCAACCAAGCUCUCAGAAAACUUUCUGGCAGUACAAAACGCAAUCAAAGUUGUAAAUUAUCUCCUGUUAAUACCAAUUCCAAAGGAUUUCUACCCACCCUUUUUGAUUUUCAUAGUAAAACCAGCUCGGAUGAAAGGACAGAAACAACUAGUGAACAAGUUUCUUACAUUGCCAAUUUCCAAACAGAUAUUCCAGAAUCUAUAUCUCUUCAGAAUAAUACUUGUAUUUCACCUCCUCUUCCUCCUUCUGUGGUUAUGCUAAAUUUGCCUUCACGAUAUGAUAAUAUUCCGAGUGAAGAUAACCGUGUAUCUCUAGAGAAAUCAAACAGCUAUGAACAUCCAGUUCGAUGGGCAAUCGGUUCUUGUAUAUACUGCGAGGAAUCACCUAUUCAAGAAGAAAUAGGGAAAGCACAAAAUAAGAAUUCAUAUUCUAAAAAGAUUCAUUCAAAAUCAAUGUAUAGUAAAAUAAUGCCGACGACAAAUUCAUCUAUUUCCUUAACCGGUAGUUGUAAUCAAGCUUUCUCACGAUUCACUGUUCAAGACUGUAAGAGAUUUACUUCUGAUAAUAGGAAGAGCGUACAACUAAAUUUUGAUGCUAUAUCCUCGUCAUCGUCAACAUCAUUAUCGAAGAUUCUAUUUGCGCAAAGUCCUAACAAAUUAUCCUACAAUGGAAAUUAUCAUGAUAAUCUUAUGUACAACUACAAGAAUUCAUGUAAUAUUGAAUUAGUUGAAAAAUGUCAUUGUUCACAAGUUAUACCAGGAACUAUGAAAAAUAGUAAACAAGAUAUUCACCUGAGCCAUGAAGCUUCAUCUUGUGAUUUUAAUACACUUGCAAUGCCCAAUGACAGCGAUACACCUUCAUGUUUGUCUGUAUACGGAGAGACAACAAAAGAAUUGUUUCAACAGUACAAUGAACUGGAAAGUUCAUUCAUUUCAACUACAGUGCCCAAUGGUAAUCAGUUUGGUACAGCAUCUAAAUCAUCAUCUUGUUUUGAUUAUUAUCCAUUAAUCAGUUCCUUAUCACAAAAUAAUAGUGAUUCACAUAUUGUUGCUAUACAAAAUGAAGAUGAUAUCGAGUCAAUAUAUGAGGAUAUAAUUUCAAUUGAACCAAUAUCUUCUAAAGUUAAAAAUUGUAAUUCGAUACCUAAUCCCUAUCAUCAUCUGAAUACUCCUUUAUUAUCAUCGCAUAUCAGUGUCAAUCACAUUGAAGAGAAUAUCUAUAUGGAACCUGUUGACUGUUUAGGAUUUGGAUGCGUUGAAAGAUAUCAUACUAUUUCACAAAAGUUUAUGGGUUCAUAUCCGUAUGUGAAUACAUCAUCGGUUACCACUGUAUUAAGCAAGGAAUUGUGUCAUGCUUCAAUCUCCUCAAAACAUUCGACUAGUUUUGUCCCACCGUCUAACGCAUUGAACAGUUGGGCUGGAAAUGAUGUAGGCUGCCGACGUGAACGUUAUCGUUCGUUUAGUACACCUGAAGGAUGUUCUACGACAUCUGAUGAUACUGAAAUACAUUAUACUCGUGAAUUUCCAACCAGAUUUUCAUCCAAUAAUAAUUUCCUAAAAAAUAUUAUGCAUCCUUUCUCUGCAAAUCAAAUUAAUUUCCGCUCUGUAAGAUCUAGUCAUGCUAAUGGAUCUUGUAAUGGACUUCAUUUGGACUCAAAUUGUAACACUACAGCAUUGUCAUCAACUACCUCACCUUUAAAAACUCGUAUGCAUAGUACAGAUGCAGUUUUUGAAACAUUAACACAUUAUAGUACUCCUGUAAGUUCUCCAGCUUCAAUCACUUUGAGUGAUGAUAUCAGUGAAAAUGCGCUGCUCAGUGAUGAAUUUUCUAAAUUCUCAACUAUACGUCCACUAUCCCUUCCCAACCCCCUAUCUCGUUCACAUCAUCAUCAUUUCUGGCACCAUCCAAAAUGUCCUCACUAUCAAAUUCAUCGAGAUUCUCUGGACAGUGGUUUGGGAACUGCAUCCACAUCUUCAUCCAAAUUCGGCUUUCAGUCUCAGUCUACAACAGAUAAUAUUAACUACGAUUUAUGUAAAAAUAAUACAAACAAUUCCAAUACACUUUCAUGUGAUUGUACGUUACCUACGAAUCCAUCUCAAAGAAUAAAUCAAUGGUAUCCCUGUAAAUUGUCUUCAUCCUGUGUAUCCUCAUCUUCCUGUUGUACAUCAUCUUGCAACAGUACACCAUCGAAUCCAAUUUUUAUUGAUCCCUCAGAUUUUCAAACUCACCAUCCAACACAAUGUUUAUCGUUUCCAUCGUACAAUUUUCCUUUAGUGACUAAUCAUAAUUAUCGUGUUACUUGUGAUCAACCAUCUCCUUCUUCGCAUAGUCAGAGUUCUGUGAGUAUGAAAGAUUUUAAAUGGCUUCGCCGCAGUAAACCGCUAAGACUUUUUGGAAAUAGUCGUUUAUCAAUGGAAACCCAAACUCGUACUUAUUCACCUCCGUCAAUGACACCAUCUGCACCACCGCCUAUUCCACCACCACCACCACCUCCUUCGCUUCCUAUUUACUCUUCAUUCUCUAUCAAUACACCAAAAAAGUACACCUCUACUGUUGUUAACAACUGUAAUUCAACAUUACAUCCAUCAGGCAGUAACCAUUUGUUGACGUCAUCAUCAUCAUUGCAUUUAGAAUCUCAACAGCUGCCUGUUACUCGAUGUCAACCUUUAUUGAAGAGUUUAUCUGGUUGUUCAUCACUUGUAAAUAAUGCAUCUAAACUAUUUGGUUUUAAUAAUACUAGUACAACUAUUACCACAACAAGUAUAUCCUCAUCUCCAUACAAAUAACAAUGUGAUGAUAAUCUUCAAAUAAACAAAAAAGGGAAACAGAUUUCAUUAUUUCUUGUGUUAUACAGUUAUUCUUUCGAUAGAUUUAUUUGUUUAUACUCUUUUUAAAUUAAGAUUUUAUUCAUUUUAUUGACUGUGUUAUCAAUAAUGUCAUUAUCUACAGUCCAUUAUUACAACCAGUUCAAGAACUUUAUAUAAUGCGCCUGUUGAAUAAGAUGACAACGUUGUUCAUCUUACUUUUAUUCUGUUAAUAGUUAGCUUGUUUUUUUAUUCACCGCUUUCUCAUCUCUAUAAACUUUAAUGAAUUGAGAAGAAAGAGGAGGUAUCAAUUUUGUUUAUCAUAAUAAAUAAUUUCAUCAUUUUCAGUGAUUCUCCUCUUUUAUUCGUCUAUUUUAUUUAUCAGUUAUCUUUUUUGUUCACUUUUCAUUAUAAUUUAUAUUUAUUUAACUGUCUAUUUAAAGGAAUACUUUGAAUAAUAUUAAAAAAUUGUAAUAUUGUACAGCUAUAUUAAGAUAAGUUCACUUGUAUUACCCGGGUAAUAUAUUGACACUUUUUUUCGUUUAGUUUGUUUUUAUUCAUUCCGAUUUUUUUUUCUACUGGGUGGAAUUAAUAACACAGCUGAGUUAUUAAUUUUUGCGUUUUUUUUUCUCUCUCUCUCUCCAUUAUUCACUUUCAUAAGUAUCAUUUUAUUAUUAUCUUCUUGUGAGAUUUGUUUUACAAUCUUUUAUUGUCUUCUUUUUACUUACUCUUUUGAUGAUAUCAGUUCUUUGUAUCUUAUCAUCAUUAUCUAUUGUUUAUAAUGAUCAUAUCAUUUGUUAAGCAGCUUGAAUGUGUAUUUACUUACCUGUCAGUAUUUAUUUGUUAUUUUUCUAUAUUGAUAUAAGUUAACAGGGUAAAGUUAACGAUAGUAAUACAUGCAAAUCAGCUGUUCUUCACCUCUUUUUCUUUUAGUAUUAUUUAACUCUUUUAACAUUUAUCAGCUGUUUGUAAACCAUACGCUAUUUUAGUAUAUUUCUAGUCAUUAAAAAAAAAAUCAUUAUUAUACUUAGUUUUAUGAAGAAAUUGUUAACUAUUUCUUUCUUAACCAAUUCUUUCGCUAUCAUUUAUCUUUUCCAACUGAUUGAUAUACAAAUAAGGUUAAAAAUUUAAUAAUAUUCAACUGUUGGAUAAAUUGUUUUUCUUUUCAUUCCCUUUUUUUUCACUUUGCUGAAAUAUAUAUAUAUAUGUGUGUGU